AUGCAAAUUAAAAAAAAAUUUAAUAUAUUUAUGAAUAUUUAUAUGUUUUCCCUUUUAAUGUGGAUAAUGAAAUUAUCUACAAAUUAUAAUUUUUAUGAUGUAUAUAAAAAGAAAUACAAGGUGCAAUAUAUAUCAAGUACUAGAACUUAUAGAGUACUAAACGAAAUAAAGGAUCUACGAGAUACUAAAAAGUCUCAUGUGCAAAUAAUAUUACUUAAUGAAGAAGAUAAUAAAAAUGAUGAAAAAGAAAAAAUUAAAGAAGUUAUAAUGCAUUAUAGGAAUAAAUUAGAUAAUGAUGUAAAAAGAAAAAUGUACAAGAAAGUUAACAAUCAUUAUUUUAGAAAGGGGAAAUUAAGUAAAACCUAA